CGCGAAGGCCGUGUCGCAUACGCUGCACAUGUCUUGUCAGGCAGACGAAUGCAUGGACGUCAUCGUUUGUGGCGAUGACUCGCACGCCACGGGGAGAGAAGAUGCUGUUGAAGACAAGAAGGAGUCCACACCAAGGUGGGUGUAGUGUCAGGUCUCGAUUACCCCCGCUCGAUUCGUGUGUGGCCCUCUUACAGACGUUCUCCACGGCUGAAGGCCAUCUACAAGAGUGAACAGGAGCCUGUCACGGUGGAUGGCCCGCCACCGCCUCUCACUGAUUCCGAGGUGGACACACACACGACCAACGAAUCGGAUGCACAUCUUCGGACGAUGUGGUGCUUUGCUUCUACUGGUCCCAGCUUCGUUCGAUGGAGAGGAUGUUUCGUUCGAUGGUGCUGAAGGUCUAUCGCAAGGCUGGCAAGCGAUGGCUGAAGUGGCUGCUGCGGGAGGUAGACAGGCGAUGGCUGAAGGCGAAGCUGAAGCCGUUUGAGCGCGACAUCCCCGAGGGCGCCUUCCUGGAUUUUUGUAGACGACAAAACACGACCGUGACGAAAGGCAAACAAACACAACUGUGGUUGCUGCUGUUUGUGUGAAUUCAUGUGCUCCUACAGCACUGAAGAACGGGUAUUUAGUUAAAGAGAAGAAGCGGUCAGGAAGUGGGACUCUCAUAGGCACCCCCGACACGAAGAUACAGGCGGGAGACUCUCGCUUUGAAGGCAUUUUCCUGGAUCCGGCGAAGACAUACGAAAGAACAUUUGAGUCUGUGCUGUAUCAUCUGAGUGCGAAUCAGAGCAGCGCCCUUCGUUUGAGACAGCGGCCUAUGUCGUUUGUCGAGUUUGAAGCGCUGAGACACACGCAAGUAAGCGAGACACGCAUCAAUGUCUGCCAAACGGAUAAAACUCCCUGUCUGCCAGCCUGCAAAGAGCCGAGCGAAAGCGAAACAGGGCCCGCUACCGCUGGCAGCCAAAAAUGCAGAACUGCAGGUGACAAAUUGGAUUGCAAUUGUGCAAUUCCUGCGUGUGACUGAUGUGGAAAAUGUCGGUCAGAAAGCGGCCAAGGACUACCGAGAGAGGCUCUUUUAAGCUGAGACGCGACGAUGCGCGUGAUUCUGCUGGCAGCCGCAAUGAAUAGCGUGUCAAUGCAGCCGUGAAGUUUGUGUUUGUCUGCAGUCGAGGGGUCUGUAGGCCCUGGGUUGUUGGAUAGGUGAAGACAUUUGAGACAUUGGAUGAUGCGAACGGUCAAAGCUCUGGC